AUGGCCCAACAGAGGAGCACGAAUGCGAAAAUUUGCAAAUGCUGGGGCUAUACUUUUGAAUGGAUCGACGGCCUUCACUCUUCAGUGGAGCAGUUACACUCCAUCAUGCUCAACUAUGACAAACUCGUAGAUGAGUGCCUGGAUCGCCUGGAUGAGAUCUCACCCCCAGGUAGUGCCCGUACAGAGAGCACGGGGAGCACUGACAUUAAAACACCGAAGAGAGACCUCUACUCCCUGCUGGAGAAGCACGCAAAAGACGAUCCAAAACUCGACGAACUGUGGUCUGAGAUCAACACCGUCCCAGAUUGGGUCGAUUGGGAGCAGAUCAAACGGGGGCAAGAAGUGUUCUUCCGCUAUGGAACACCAAUUCUUAAUGUACUCGGCUUUCAAAGCCUCCUCGGCGGCAUGGGUUCCCCCCGAGUUGUUGAGACCUUGGCCCGAACCGGAGGUUUCUCGGCGGACGUUGUACGGCGCAGGCUGCUAGAAACUCUGCAACACAUUCUCCAGGUGUCCUUAUCCUUGGACUCGAUCAAGCCAGGAGGUAAAGGUCAUGUCUCCUCCGUUCGCGUCCGGUUGCUACAUGCGUCGGUCCGUCGGAGAGUGCUAAGCCUGGUCAAGAAUAGACCCGAGUACUACGACAUCAAGAAAUACGGAAUUCCUAUCAACGACCUGGAUUGCAUUGCAACUAUCCACACGUUCUCAACGAGCGUGGUCUUCCUUGGGCUUCCACGACAAGGUAUCUUCCUAAGGAACCAGGAAAUUGAGGACUAUAUUGCCCUUUGGAGACUUGUCGCGUUUUACAUGGGCACACCAACCGACUGCUUCGAGACAACGGCUCAGGCACGAGCGAUGAUGGAGUCGCUUUCCGUGUCUGAAAUAGACCCAACCGAUACCGGCAGGAUACUGGCGCAGAACAUUAUUCUUGGUCUUGAGUACACAGCCCCCACAUAUGCGUCAAAGGAAUACCUCGAGGCUAUGGCGAGAAAACUCAACGGUGACGAGCUAUCUGAUAGUCUUAACCUUCCGCGUCCCUCUUUAUACUACCAAGCACUGGUGUAUGGACAAUGUAUCCUGGUCAUGGCUGCAUGCUAUGGACUUCGAGUGUUUCCGAUGCUCGAUCAAGCUAUCAUUGAGCCGCACAACACGUUUAGGGAAACGCAGGGUGUCCCAACCAGCAUGGUUCGGUGUAGAGACUCUGGGACAGCUAGGUCUUCUCACUGCGUUCCUUGCUGGAGUGGCCCUGUUUUGCGGGUCUAUCUCUGGAAUCAAACUGCUAGCCCCAAUUGUUGUUCCGGCUGCAUUCGUCCCAGAUGUUUAUUGAAAGAAACGAUCUGGCCAAGUUUUGUCUAG